AUGCUGCACGGUGAGCUACGGCGAGUCGCGGUAAGUCACGGUGAGCGGAAAGCCCAACGCUAUAAAGCUGUGGCUCUCUGGUUGCUGCACGGUGAGCUACGGCGAGUCGCGGUAGGUCACGGCGAGCGGAAAGCCCAACGCUGUAAAGCUGUGGCUCUCGAUAUGCUGCACGGUGAAUUACGGCGGGUCGCGGUAAGUCACGGUGAGCGGAAAGCCCAACGCUGUAAAGCUGUGGCUCUCUGGUUGCUGCACGGUGAGCUACGGCGAGUCGCAGUAGGUCACGGCGAGCGGAAAGCCCAACGCUGUAAAGCUGUGGCUCUCGAUAUGCUGCACGGUGAAUUACGGCGGGUCGCGGUAAGUCACGGUGAGCGGAAAGCCCAACGCUGUAAAGCUGUGGCUCUCGAUAUGCUGCACGGCGAAUUACGGCGGGUCGCGGUAAGUCACGGUGAGCGGAAAGCCCAACGCUGUAAAGCUGUGGCUCUCAAUAUGCUGCACGGUGAACUACGGCGAGUCGCGCUGUGGCUCUCUGGUUGCUGCACGGUGAGUUACGGCGAGUCGCGGUAA